GGUCAAACUGCCAAGGCCCUCCCCCUGUGCCCUCUGUAACUGCUGUCUGUUGCUACGGAGCCUGCGGACAGAGAGGCCACAAACCUGACUUCUCAACCGGUGUGCUGCCCGCAGACAUGCUCUCUUCUAACCGUAUGUAGGCCAAAGGCCAGCGCCGGUACCACCACUACUCUAAUAUGCCGUGGACCCCAGAGCAGAAGAGGGCACAGCCUAAUUCAGGAGAUCUUGGGGCCCGCCAAAAUGGCGGGGUUGGCAGAGGCCGAGGCAGGGCCAGAGACGGUGGCGGUGGUGGCAGCAGCUGGAGGGGCCCUGCUAGUGAUUUGGGGGCCUCAGGCUCCUACGAACCACCCCUCUGCUUUAAACUGAAAAACAACGUGGUUGGUGCCAUAGUUGGUCGCGGUGGAUCAAAAUUAAAAGAUCUACAACGCGUGACAAACACUAAAAUAAAAAUUGUAAAGGGGGACUUUGACUCAGAAAUAAAAAUUUUUGGCAGUAGUGACAUGAAAGAAAAGGCCAAAGCAGAUAUAGACGCUGUGGUUAGAAGACAAGAAAGGUACAUCUCAGAAUCCAGUGUUGGCCCUGCCACAUCCCAAUCCUCUGUAACAAGCUGCUCAAGUUCAGGCAACACCGCUCGAGAAGCUCGGCCAUUGUUAGAUUGGGACCAAAUUCGUAUGCAAUUUGUAGAGUGGGAGAAACGGAAGUGGGCAGAUUUACCACCAAUUAAGAAAAACUUUUAUAUAGAAUCAGAAGCUACAAGCUCAAUGUCUAAAAUACAAGUAGAUGAAUGGCGAAAGGAAAAUUUUAACAUAACCUGUGAAGAUUUGAGAGAUGGUGAAAAGCGCCCAAUUCCCAAACCAACUUGUACAUUUGAGGAUGCGUUCGCGCAGUAUCCUGAGCUUAUGAGAAACAUAAAGAAGGCAAGUUUUCAAAAGCCAACACCAAUUCAGUCACAGGCGUGGCCAGUUAUUCUACAAGGGAUAGAUCUUAUAGGGGUAGCCCAAACUGGAACUGGUAAAACACUCUCCUACUUAAUGCCUGGGUUUAUUCAUCUUGAUUCUCAACCAACAUCUAGAGAAGAAAGGAAUGGACCUGGCAUGCUAGUCCUUACACCCACUAGAGAACUAGCUCUUCAAGUAGAAAGUGAAUGUUCUAAGUACUCAUAUAAAGGUUUUAAAAGUAGUUGCAUAUAUGGUGGUGGAAAUAGAAGGGGACAAAUAGAAGACAUUGCCAAAGGUGUAGAUAUCAUUAUUGCAACUCCUGGAAGAUUGAAUGAUCUACAACUGAAUAACCAUGUCAACCUAAGAAGCAUAACCUAUUUGGUCUUGGAUGAGGCAGAUAAAAUGCUGGAUCUGGGCUUUGAACAUCAAAUAAUGAAGAUUUUACUAGAUGUGCGCCCAGACCGGCAGACUGUUAUGACAAGUGCAACUUGGCCGGAUGCCAUCCGCCGACUUGCACACUCUUACCUGAAAGACCCUAUGAUGGUUUACGUUGGUACUCUAGAUCUGGUUGCUGUAAGUACAGUGCAGCAGAAUGUAAUUGUGACUACAGAAGAAGAAAAACGUGCUCUUAUACAAGAAUUCCUAGAGAACAUGACACCCAGAGACAAAGUCAUCGUGUUUGUCAGCCGAAAAAUCACUGCUGAUGACUUAGCAAGUGAUUUGGGCAUCCAAGGCAUACCCAUAGAGUCACUGCAUGGUGAUAGAGAACAAAGUGAUCGAGAGCAAGCUCUAGAAGACUUCAGAACCGGAAAGGUGAAGAUACUCAUCGCAACUGAUUUAGCGUCUCGGGGUCUUGAUGUUAAUGACAUCACACAUGUCUACAACUAUGACUUCCCACGAAAUAUUGAAGAAUAUGUACACAGGAUAGGACGUACUGGAAGAGCGGGAAAGGUUGGAACAUCGAUUACCCUUGUUACUCCAAAUGAUGCAAAGAUCGCUGAUGAACUGAUUAAAAUUUUGGAACGAGCAAAUCAAAAUGUCCCUGAAGAUCUUGUAAAAAUGGCAGAAGGAUACAAGUUCCAUAAGAAAAGCAGCACAGAAAAAAACUUCAAAAUGUUUCGAGGAAAAUAUAAGAACUUUUAUUAAUAUUUACAGACACUUAAACGAUUAUUAGAAGAUUCAAGGCAUUGCGUAAAGUGUUCAAGAGGAAACAUACUGGCAGUUUGAAGAUGCAAUGUGUUCUUAGAUAAUGCUGCUUGGUUUUCAAUAUUGUGCAUGUUCUUCAAUAAAAAUAUUAAAAUGAGAGCGAGAUUGUCUAUAUGGUGAGAA